GAUGCCUUCAAUUAAACUGCAGAGUUCAGAUGGAGAAAUCUUUGAAGUUGAUGUUGAAAUUGCAAAACAGUCUGUAACUAUAAAGACUAUGCUGGAAGAUUUGGGAAUGGAUGAUGAAGGUGAUGAUGACCCAGUCCCUCUUCCAAAUGUUAAUGCAGCUAUCUUAAAAAAGGUGAUUCAGUGGUGCACCCAUCACAAGGAUGAUCCACCUCCUCCUGAGGACGAUGAGAACAAAGAAAAAAGAACAGAUGACAUCCCUGUGUGGGAUCAAGAGUUUCUGAAAGUAGACCAAGGAACACUUUUUGAACUUAUCCUGGCUGCAAAUUACUUGGACAUCAAAGGUUUGCUUGAUGUCACGUGCAAGACAGUUGCAAACAUGAUCAAGGGGAAAACUCCAGAAGAAAUUCGCAAGACAUUCAAUAUUAAGAAUGACUUCACUGAGGAGGAAGAAGCACAGGUACGUAAAGAGAACCAGUGGUGUGAAGAGAAGUGAAGUAUUGUGCCUGACACUCGAACACUGUAAGGAUUGUUCCAAAUACUAGUUGCACUGCUCUGUUCAUAAUUGUUAAUAUUAGACAAAUGCAGCAGCAAAUGAAGUUGUGUUAGCAGGAUAUUGGUCCCUUUGCAUGUGUAGUGUUUUUUUGAGUACAAAUUUAAAUCUUCUGAGUUUUUACUAGUGUAAUUGGAUGUCUUUUUACUUUACUCUGCAAUGAAUAAAACUGAACUAAGUGUGGAUUCUGUAUGGAAAGUAGCACUUAAGGUUGUCAUUUUCAUUACACUUUUAAACUGUUCAAGUCCAGUUACAAUGCUAAAGAUAGACUCCAUUGUAAAUAAAACCGCCUGUGACUUCUUCCUCAAGAACAAAACACUUGUAUUUACAGGGUAUCGAUAGCUUCAGAAAGAAAAACAAACUAGAAUGUGUCUUGGGGAACUACGUAAAGUAAAAAAAGUUACUGGAUUUCUUCCAAAAACAUUGUGGGGGGGAAAAUUAGUAUUACGUAAAGCUAUAUAACUUUCAAGAUGGUUUUUGUCCUGCCUUUAACAAAAAAAGGAAAAAGUAUCUGACCACUUUCUUGUCCUGUUAGUCUUGCCUUAUAGACUAGUGAAAGAUGUGAUCUAGAACUAAGCAAGCUCCUGACAGUUAAAUUUGAAUACUUCAACCAUGUCUUGAAGACCUGCCUCUAGCUGGUAGCAAAGGAAAAGUGCGUUGCUUUAUGCACAGGAUGGGUGUGCUUUUAUACAUGUUACUGUUAAAAGUGGAGUCCGGGUUUGACCAAAAAUGACUGACUUUACCAAAGUUAAUAUUAUUGACCUGUGCAUGCCAUUAGUGGCUCAUUUUUAGGCAAUUUUAAACAACCCUUGUGAUGUAGCUCUUUAAAACAUGGUUUCAUGUGUCCACAGGAAAUCUUAGGCCUUUGUACGUGAUACUUCAGCUUGUAGAGACUUCAUUAUUGCAUACAAAGCUAAUGCAAUAUCAGGCUUAACUUCUUUGGACAAAGCCACUUGCAACUAGUUAAACAGUAACUGGUUUUCUGAUUUUUAUUUUUUUUUACAGUUCCCUUAUAGGGAGUAGGGGAUGGUUGUGUGGUAGAUCUUUGAGGUGUGCUCUUAGCUUGUAUUGCAUUCCAUUCUCUGUAUAAACCUUAGAGUAGAAUGAACCUUAAUAAACAUACUUAUCUCACUUUAAAUAUCAGUGUUUCACUUCUGAAUUAAUAAAGGGCUUUUAAACUUUUGUUU